CCAUGAGCGCGCUCCAGCGGACCAGCAGGAGCAGGUCCAAGACUGCCCCAGACACCAGCGGUGACCACACGGGCUCCAACGGGACGCAAACUGUGACGUCGAACCGCCUUCCUACCACCGACACCCCAGCUUCGACCCAGCGAGCCACCCCGCACACUUCCUCCUCCGAGAACAACCCCCGAAUACCUACCAAAAUAGCCGCAGACAUGCUAGAAACACCUUCUGCGCCGAAUUUGCCGGUCGGACUUGUCCAAAUCAAUGGCGAUGCCGCGUCCGGAGAAUACCACUACGACGACCAGAGCGACAACCGGUCUAGUAGCCUUAGCGAGCUCGCAGAUGGUUUGGAUGACCAGGACGAGCCAACUCCUAUAGCUGACCCAGCUUUGGGGUACGAGGAGAACGACUCAGAAGCUGAGACCGAGCGACUCGAGCGCACGCCGCGGAAGCUGGUCCGCACGGCCACGAACACCACAAUAGCGUCAGAAACAAUCGUGGAAAGGACACCAAGCAAGCUCUCCAAUGCGCUUUUGCUAGACCAGGACGAGUCGGGGCCGCCGUCUCCAUUAGCUAUCGUCGAGGACGGCAUCACAAAGGAUAUAGCGGAUGGAGAAACGGAUAUGAACUCUGUGUCAUUGAAGCUUGCCAAAGUGGCUGGUUCUUCAACAGAAAGCCUAGCCGAGAUGGCUGGCAAGAAGCGGAAACGUGCGAGCGACGAUAGCUCCGACGAUGAGCUAGAAGCUCAGGAGCCCGCGAGAAAACGGAGCGACAAUGGCAGAGAGGACCUCCUCAAUGUCGAGCAGGCCUCAAACGCCGACCACUCCGACCAGGCAGGUGUGGAGGACGGCGAUACCCCAGAUGAACCAGCGGUGCCGACUGCUGAGCAACAAUUGGACAUAGAGGAAACAAUCGCCGACGUGGCGGAGGAAGCAGUCAACGAACUGGCUGCUGUGACUAAACUUCCCAAGACACGCAAAGGAGGGAAGAGGAAAGGGCGAAAGGCUGCAAAUGACUCCGCCGAAGAAAUGGCAACAAAUGCCGACGAAGGCGCUGAGCCCGAGGGAGAGCAUGAUGAAGACGAUGGAGGCGUAAUGGACGAAGAGCUAAACAAGAAGAAAACGGCCAUUGAGUCCCUUGCCGAGAUCGAGAAGAAAUUCAAGAUAUUCCGAGAGAAAUAUUGCGAUGAAAGCUUGGCGCAAAUAACCAAAGAACUGGAAAUGCUCAAGCAAGCCAAUUGCACACAUCCAGAGUACCUUACAAUGGUGCAAUGCGUGGACGAGAGACGCGAUGCGAAGGUAGAUUACGAAAAGAGGCUUGUUGGUUUCAAGCAGAACUCGCUCAACGUCAGGAGCAUGGCCGAACGCCAUCAACUACACGGCCAGUACUUCCAAGCAGUCCGCGCGAUCAGAGAGAAGUUCAUCUCGGAAUGCAACGAGCGCAUAUACCAACUCCAAAAGGGCCGGAGACAGAUGGGCGUCGACGAGACAGUCUAUGCCUACGCGUUUCCGGAGAAACGAUCUACACAAGUCCAGCAUCAAACCGCAUACAACCACGAGGUGUCAGUUCUCUCCGGCAUCGCCAAAUACGUUGGCUUUCCUGCUGCGCCUAAUAUCACCCCCGCUCGAUCGUCUGAUAUCGAUGACGAUCUCCGUGCCAUGAAGAUACCCGUUCGACCAGCUCCGCCAACUUUCCGUCCGACCUAUCGACCAUCACGAGCUGAUGAGGCGGCUGCUGAAGAGCAGUUCAUCGAGCAGACUCCGUGGGCUAACCCACGACACCCCGAUCAUCAGGCCCAUUACCAAGCUGUCCCAGCCUCGGCAUCGCGGAACAUCAGUCAGACAUACCAAACACCCGCGGGCCAAAGGCGCAUAGUUGACGUCCACGUUCCUAAUGGAUCAGCAUCGACCAUUGACAUGGCGUCAAAUCCUCCUUCCUCAGCCGCCGCUCAAGGCCAAGGAGGACAUGACAGGACCCCAGCAGACUCUCCAGUCAUGCAGAUGAAGCGAAACGCCGGUCGACCUGACGUCCCUAGCCCCGACGACCCUCGACUCAACAGCUUCGCUGCCAUCUCGCGAGAGGCUUAUCAGAGCAACAACCACAACUUGUACUCGAGCCCCGCCGGCGCUCAUGUUGAGCAUACCCCUGACGACCGCGAAGCAUCCCACGCCGCACCUCUCGGCGCCCGCUGGAACGGCGCUGGCAUGCGCCAUCUCACCGCCGCCGCACCUCCACCCGGCCGAGCUCAGGACCCGCGGAACGACCCUGGCAGAGCACCACUCGGGCAGCGAAACAGUCUCGGCACGGUCAGUGUUGGGAGCGGAAGCGCUUUGUUUGGUCGAUAGCAUUUCAUAAUGCUAUCAAGACAGAGACAGAUAUCUAACUUUCCAAUCUUAGAAGCUACUUGAGCCUUUUCCUUAGCCUAUUAUUUAUGAU